AUGUCUGGACACCAGGUGAGCCGUUCCAACCCUUACAGCUGUUUGAGCCAUCCCAACAAUGUGUCCUUUCCAGCCCGAACUCCAGGCUGGACCCAGUGCCCCAGGCUGAAUGGGGUUAACAGCCUCAAGCGUCCCCGCAUCCCUAAUGGGAAUGGUUCGGAGUUCAGCAGCUACAGAGGCCACUUGGAGCAGCCUUUCAACCCCAGCUCCCCCAGACUUCCACUGCAGAGAAUCUGCAUGGGCCGGCCCUACAACUCCAAGUGCGUAGAGACAAGUCAUCUGGCGAACAACCCCAAGGUGGCCAGAAAGCCUGCUUGUCAUGGCAGCCCCCACUGCCUGCUCUGUACAGACCGUCCCUCAGACCCCUCCAGCCCCACCUUCCUGGACCACAUCAUCAAAGGCAUCAAUUACCUGGACCGAUCUGCCAGUGCCUUCUGCAACAACUACCCCAAAACCUCACUAAGCGCGCCAAGGCGUACAGCCAACUAUCUGGAACGAGCCACCAACUCCCUCAACCUGGACAACCUGUACCCCUGUAGGCCCCACAGUUACUCCAUCCCCAGAGCCAACAUGGCUACCUCUGACAAGCCCGCGCCAAGGCGUACAGCCAACUAUCUGGAACGAGCCACCAACUCCCUCAACCUGGACAACCUGGACCCCUGUAGGCCCCACAGUUACUCCAUCCCCAGAGCCAACAUGGCUACCUCUGACAAGCCCACCAACAGCACCUGCAUGGUGACAUCCACCAGGGGUGCCAGUGCUUUGGAGUGCCUGGAUGACCCUACCAUCACAAGUUGCCUGCGCCGGCCUCAGUGCCGGAACCUCAACCCCACGCUGCCACAGAGGCCAGGUGUAAAGUUGCCUGAGAUCCCCUUGUUCGGCAAUGGGCUCUUUUCCUUAGGAAGUCUGCCCAAGUUCUGGGAAGCAAUACGUUCAGGCUGGAGAGCCCCUGAACCCAACUCCAAACCCUCUAGCUGGUGGUGA